AUGGACAAAUUGGCGGGCUCCCGUAAAAUUUUAGAGGAUUCUUUACACCAAAAGAACUGGUUUAAUGAUCUGUUAGAGAAAGCAGAAAAAAAAACAAACGUUGACCGAAUUUACAUUGUUCUUGGUGGAGUUUUCGUGAUAUUCCUUUAUCUCAUCUUUGGUUAUGGAACCAGCUUUCUUGCCAAUCUGAUUGGGUUUAUGAUCAAAGCUCUUGAGACCACGGACAAAGCAGAUGACACGAAGUGGCUCACUUACUGGGUUGUAUUUGCAGCAUUCAGCGUUGUAGAGUCAUUUACGGACAUAUUCUUCUACUGGGUGCCGUUAUACUCCCUACUAAAGUGUUCAUUCUUCCUAUUCAUGAUGAUUCCAACUACACCGAACGGGUCUGUCAUUAUCUAUCAAAAAGUCAUUCGGCCUCAUAUAUUAGCUCAUGAAAAGGAAAUUGACAAAAUUAUCAAUGAGGCAGCUGAUCUUGCUGGUGAUUUUGGGAACGCUGCAAAAAAGAAAGCUACUGAAGUUGUUUCUCAAGAACUCAUUGGCAAGAAUGAGUGA